AUGAAAGCGCGAACAAGCAUCGACACUCUGAUGGAUCGAUUAGGCGUCUUGGAUAUCAACGACGCCCAGACGGACCCCAAGAAGCGCAGAGAUUCUCGGAUGCGACCCAAGAAACAGACCAAAAGAACUAUCUGCUGCUGCUUUACCGUCAUUGAAGACGAGGCUCCUGUAGCACCACGGCCCUCCCGUCCGUCCGGCAACCGACCGACAGAAAGGCCUCCCCAGAUGCAACAAGUAUCAUCUCCCGGGGUCGCUGCGAAGCCUCAGCGUCCGUCUUCAAAACCAUCUUCCCAGUCAGGACUCCUGUCACCCCCACAGACACCAUCUCGACCGUCUCUGCAGAGCUCGCAGAACUCCUCCUCAUCGCAGACCAAGACUCUCCUCUCGUGGAUUCCCGCAACCCUCACCCCCCAAACAACCUCCGCCCUGCUCACCGAACUGGCAAAGCCGAUCUCAGAGGCCGACGAGCCGGGCUACAUCUACAUGUUCUGGGUGACGCCGACGACGACGACGCGAUCAGGACCUCCAUCGGCCGAGGUCGCCUCAUCCCUGCUCCCAGCGCCCAGCACAACACGCAGCCGACGGGUUAGCGACGCCCUCCAGACGGCCCGCGACCUCAACGCCCUGACAUCCCAACCAACGCGCCACAGCCCCGGCGCGAUCCGCCUGAAGAUCGGGCGCACGAGCAACGUCCAGCGGCGUCUGAACGAGUGGACGCGCCAGUGCUCGCACGACCUGACCCUCAUCCGCUACUACCCCUACACGCCGUCGGCGUCGUCGGCGCCCUCGCUGUCCGGGCGCAAAGUGCCACACGUCCACCGCGUGGAGCGGCUGAUCCAUCUGGAGCUGGGGGACAUCCGCGUGCGCGACCUCGGACGCUGCGACGAGUGCGGCAAGGAGCAUCGCGAGUGGUUUGAGGUGGCGGCGGAGAAGAGCGCGCUGAAACGCGUGGACGACUGUAUCCGGCGGUGGGUGCAGUGGGCGGAGAGCCGGUAG